AUGGGUAUACUCAAUCAAGAAAGCCAACACCACAGUGGUUCACAAACCGAUUGUGGACAGAUGCAGUCACUCUUGGGAAUGCAGCCCCAUAUGUUUAAUAAAAUCAUGCAUGAUGUUUGCAAUUACGACACAUACUUCAUUCAAAAGUGCGAUGCUGCUUGUGUUUUAGGUCUUCUUUUGGAGCAAAAACUUACAGCUUCUUUACAGAUUCUUGCUUAUGGCGUAGUUGUACGCCGAGUUGAUGAGAUUGCUAGGAUGGGGAAAUCCAUUAUCCUAAAGAGCUUGGUCAGAUUCUAUGAGGCAAUCAAAACUCUCUACAUGAGGGAUUACCUCAGCAAACCUACGACUAGGGACCUCCAAAGGCUUCUGCAAAAAGUUGAGGCUCGAGGUUUUCCAGGUAUGAUUGUAAGCAUCGACUGCAUGCACUGGCAGUGGAAGAAUUGCCUAACUGCCUGA